GCGUGCAAGUUUUGGGCUUUCAUCCGGAAGUUCAGUCCAAAGGCAGACAUACUACUCCUCAUGCGCUCUGACUUGAGCUCGGUGUCUCAGAUAGCAACAUCGCUUUCCUAGAUGAGCUGUGUUCCGAAAAACAAGGACAAAAUCAUUGAUCUUGCGACAGCUUACUACCCUUGGUGCAAGCCUAUCAAAAUUUGUAUUUAAAGGAUGAGCACAAGUGCCAUCGGAUGAGAUUGUUCACUCCACGCUCACCUUUUCCAACAUCAACUUGCAUCUCCACCACAUACCCUCGCUUUAGGCUCAACACUCGCUUUCCGCGCCUAAUUUAUCUAUUUAUCUUUCAUACGACCCCAACUGCGUCCAGCAUGCAAUCCAGCUUAAUUGUCAGCGUUCUUAUUGUUUGCAGUGGUGUAAUUGCCGUACCCACUUCUCGUGGGAGCGACUAUGCCGUUACUGAGCCACAUGGAGAUUCUGAGUCAUACGCGCCAACCAACUCAUACUCCCCGCCACCCAAGUCGUACUCUCCAUCAGUAGAGCACUCAUCUUACACUCAGAAGCCUUCAUACACUAACACGGCCGUCCCUCAAUAUUCCUCCGGACCCGGCCAAUCCCCUCGGGUCCAUGCCCCUGGGCCUGUCCGUUUCCCAUCCGGCUCAGUCGGUGCAUACCCCCAAUACGGAGGCUUUGGAAACGGUGGUGGCAUGCUUCCCGGCUUCGGCCUCGGAGGUCUUGGACUCGGAGCCAAUGCGCAAGUUGCAGGAGGCGUCGGAGGCCUCGUCGAGGGUGGAACCGGCUUUGGUACGGGUAUAGGCGCCAAUGCGUUGGUAAAUGUCGGUACGGGUCUUAACGCAGGUGCGCGAGUCGGAGCUGGUGUUGGCGGCCCUUUGGUCGGAGUUGGGGCAAACGUCAAUGCGGCGGUCGGGGCUGGGGUUGGCGGUCCUCUCGUCGGAGCUGGUGCUAACGUUCACGCGGCCGCCGGGGUUGCAGGUCCGACCUCCAUUGCUGCCCAGGCCACCGUUGGAGCAGCUGUUUCGGCUGCCCCUGUAGGAGUAGGUGCUGCUGCUCGUGUUGGAGCUGGAGUCGCCGUAUAAACUCCGAUUUGAUAUUCCCUUUGCUACUCGCACAAGCAAUAAAUCCGUUCAUUGUUGCAUUUUUUGCAUUUUGCCACGUCCAAAGAGUCUACAUACAAAUGCGCCGUACGGCCGUGUAUCGGACACAUCUUCUUUUUGUCACAUUUAACGUCCUCGUGACACCCAUCUUGUACCGCUUUUUUUAACUUGCCUGAUGGUAAGGGCCGGAGCCAUCUUGAGAAACAGCAUCGAUUCAUUGAGCCGCCGUAUAGAAUCCACCACAGUGCUAAAAGGUUUGCUACUCACACUCCUAAGCAAUACAUCCG